AUGCUGUUUUUGGGAUUGAACAAGCCAGCUGUCUGGUCCAAACCUCUAAGAAUGAUGUCUCGUCGCUUGGUCUCGACCACUAAGACCUCUACGACUGAGCAGCAACAGGUUUUGAUCGCACAACGUAAGAACAGACCUGUCUCCCCCCACUUGACCAUCUACCAGCCUCAACUGACCUGGUAUUUGUCGUCGCUGCACCGUGUGACCGGCGUUGUUCUCGGUUUAGGCUUCUUCGUCGCUACCAUCUCCUUUGGCGUGUCCACUGCUUUCGGCCUCGGUCUCAACUCCAACAACUUGGCCAAGUGGUACCACGAGAAAGUGCCUACCUGGAUGGACUGGACUGCCAAGGCUACUGGAGCUUACUUCCUCACUUUCCACUUUGCCAAUGGUAUUAGACAUUUGAUCUGGGACGCCGGUAAAGCCCUUACUCUCAAGGGUGUUUACAGCACCGGUUACGCUGUUCUCGCUUUCAUGGCCAUUGCCGGUACUGCUAUGCUUACCUGGUAA